CCCGUCAAAUGCGCUAAAAUUGGCGUAAAUUCAGACCACUUCUGCGCAACUGCAUGUGCCAGAACAAAUUUUCUACGAAGAAUUUCAUCAACUCUUCACCUAUUUUAGACGCCCUUAUUAAAACAUUCUAAUGUAUUUAUGAGGAUAGAACACCUAGAAAUCGCAUUUCAUAAUUUUUGAGAUUACUUGAUAAAGUAAAAGUCAUGGUCAUGGAAACCCCAAGCCCACAGUGUGUUGGCCGCGAGUUUGUGAGGCAGUACUACACCUUGCUUCAUGAGGCCCCACUGCAUCUCCACAGAUUUUAUAGCCACAAUUCCAGCUUUGUACAUGGUGGCGUUGAGAAACCUGGCGAAGAACAGCCUCCAGUCAUGGGACAAGUGGAUAUUCAUAAGAAGAUCAUGUCACUCAAUUUCCGUGAUUGUCAUGCAAAGAUCAGACAAGUUGAUAGCCAGGCAACAGUAGGCAAUGCAGUUGUUGUACAGGUGACUGGAGAGCUUUCCAACAACGGACAACCAAUGCGUCGUUUCAUGCAGACCUUCGUUCUUGCUCCUCAAUCUCCAAAGAAGUAUUAUGUUCACAAUGACAUCUUUCGCUACCAGGAUGAGGUUUUCCAUGACAAUGACACGGACACAGAAAACCAAGAUGAAGAUUCUGAUGUAGAAAAUGUGGACUCUAACCCUUCUUCUGUGCAGGAAGUGGUCCCAGACCAGGGCAUAGCCACAUACUAUAGUGAGCCCCCUUCUGCUUUGAGGUUGGUGUCUACCUCAACUACAGAUUUCCAGCUGGAGUCACAAAUUCAUAAUGGCACUGCACAUCUGGAAGAGCGUGUGGAUUCGGCCUCGCAGAAGUCUGAGGAGGAGGAAGAAGAGCUGAAGCCAGAAGAGGAAGCUGAGCUACCUGAAGAAAUAUUUCAGGAAAAGGUAGAAGAACAAACUCCAGUGGAGCCAGAGCCGCAGGAACCUGAAGAACCAGCACAUCUUGAAACACAGUUCACAGAAGAACCAAAGAGUUUGUCAUGGGCUGCCAUGGCUGGGAAGAAGGCAAACAGUACCAGUUCAUCAACAGUCCCCCCAUCCAUGCCCCCAGCACCAUCUGUUGCAUACAAAGCUACUUCAGCCCAAGGAUUCCCAAAGAUUGAGAGCAAACAAGAUUCCAGUGCUCCAACAGGUGCCCCUCAGCCACAGAGGGCGCCAAGGCAACAGCGGGGUGAACGUUUCCGUGAUCGAGAUCGUGGUGGUUUUGGACGUGGUGAAGGAGAUGGUGACGCAGACAGCCAGGGUGGCCGACGAGGGGGACCCAUGGGAGGAGGCGCUUCACGACACCCAGACAGUCAUCAGUUGUUUGUUGGAAAUCUUCCACACAAUAUCACAGAAAAAGAAUUGAUUGAUUUCUUCAAUGCAUAUGGUAAUGUGGUGGAAUUGAGAAUCAACACAAAGGGUAGUGGUGGAAAAUUGCCAUUCCAGAAUUUUGGCUUUGUGGUAUUCGAUACUGCUGAUCCUGUUAAACACAUCCUGAAUAACAAGCCAAUUAUGUACAAUGGUGAACAUCGUCUGAAUGUUGAGGAGAAGAAGGCCCGUGGUGAGGGAGGUCGACAGGGUGGUCGAGGAGGAAUGCGUGGCAGCAUGGCUGGCCCUGGACGCGGAAUGGGGGGAGGCAUGGGCAGCAGAGGAGGGUCUCGUGGAGGCGGAGGAGGCAUGGGUGGUCCCAGGGCAGAUAGAGGCAGCGUGGGAGGGGGGAGAGGAGGAGGGGGAGGAGGAGGUGGUGGCAUGAUGGCUGGAUCAAGACGCUGAUGCAGUGUCUGUCCAGUUGGUGCUUCUAGAAAGUAUGCAAUUCUGACUGGCAUGUGAAAUCAGUUAUAAAGCAGGUAAACCUUUAACACAAGGGAUACGAUUAGUAUUAAGAACUGUCCCAUUUAUGUACUAGUGCCAUCAAACAUUUUGUGUGUACAGUAAUGUUAACUGAACGUGCUGAUUGAAGCAUAGGAUGAACGUGCUUUUUAAUAUUUAUUUCAUGUAAAAGAGAGUGAGGACGUAUAAAGACUUUUAACAUCGAUUGACCAGCUGACACUGACCAUGUUGAAUGGGCUGGGGUUCCCAUGACCUUAAUUUCAUACGGACUCUUAAUCUCUUUAAUGUGAAAUAAAAAAUUAAAUAGAAUCAUUCCUACAUGAUGAUGGUCUCACCAUUGUUGCCGAUUUUCUGACAUUAUGUAUUUGUUGUAAAUAAAUGUACAGUGCAGCAUCUUUGUGCAGAACGGGUCUCAAUCGGUCAACAGUGGUCACUGUAUAUAUAUAGUAAUGCAUUGUAUACAUAGAUUUUGAAUAACAGAAUUGCAUAUUUUCUGUAAAAAAGUACUUUUUACAUUUUUCCUACUUCAUGUUUAUGUCAAACAUAUAACAUAUGCCUUAUGUCGUUGUUCCAUCAAGGCAUAGAUGUUUUCAUCGUCAGACGAAAUCAAACGACGCAAGGCAGAUAUGAAAGAUCUCCCAUUUUCAAAUGUUUUGUGAAAGUGAUUUUUUUAUAUUGGUCACAUUUAUUUCUUAAUUUAUUUCUGGUUUUUUUUUUUUUGAAUUUUUGUCCCUCCCUCAGAUAAGAGAGUACUAUGCAAAGCGUCACUUGAAUUUGGGAUGUUUAAAUUGAUUCUCAUAUCUUGUGGAAAAAUUUUCUACAGAAAUUGUUUUCCAUUAAUAUCAUAAUGCAACAGAGACUAGGAAAUAUAACUAUUAAUUUAUUGUAACUUUAAUAUGUCUACAUUCCUGGUUUCUGAAUAUUACAAGUUUUACUAGUCCCGAAAGUGCAGGAUACAACAAUAGAAUUUUUAAAAUGCUAUUUUUGCAUUUUGAUAUUUUUCUCCUUUUCCUUUUUUUUCUUGAUUUUGAGGUGGAGUCAUCUGCUAGUCGGAGGGUACUGUCAGGAAAAAUAUGCAGAUUUUAUAUUGAAUAAUAUUCACAUUAAUUGUGAUAUUCCAAAUUGGUUUACAUCUUGAAAUCAGAAUAUUUAUUUUCCUCAGCGAUUGUGGUGCAACUUGCUACCUACAUGGCAGCAUGUGUGAUGUAACGAUGUGAUGAAGUAUCGUCUAAGUUUUGCUAAGGACAUUAAGAAGUGGUGAGUCUCCCAACACUGGGAUAAGGCUGGUGUCUGCUACUUUGCUAUUUGGUACCAAUAGUCUUUCAAGAUGAAAUCUCGCAUAUUUAUAGUAGAAAAAAAGAAGACACAGUAUAAACACUGUUUGUGGACGCUAUCUGGUACUAUUGUUGAGUUAAUAUCGCAGUACUGCUCCACUAAUAAGCCAUGAACAAGUAUAAAUAUAGUCAAGUGAUGGAGGUUCUCUCUACAAUACUGCCCUACUCUAAUUGUGACAGUUAUGUACACUCCAUGUAUUAUAUGUAUGAAAGGAGGUCUACGCUCUCGGGACAGACAAGCCCAGGUCGGGCACAUCACCAUAGAAGUGCCAAAUGUCACACAAAUAUAGGUUUCUUUUACUAUUAUUUCAACAAAUUCCAACAACGGUUGCUUUAUUUGCCUUGAGGAAUGUACACAAUAUUGAACAGAACAAUUUGUCCUUUUUUCAAUAUUAUCCCGUUUUUAAAUGCGCAUUCUGUCUUGCAACACCAAUGCAAUUUGAUCAGGGAGGUAUAUUGAAGCCCAUCAUCAUGUUAAGAAAGCAUUUUGCUUCGUUCCCAAGGUAUGUUGGUAAUCAUCCGGUAACAACAUCACAGCCUGACCUGGCACUGCCUGUCCUAGUGUUACAAGUGACCGGGGCAAUUGUGAAUGUGACUAAAUGUGUGCAAGUCAUUGUGUAUGUGGUGUAGAUAAUUUGUUCAGUUUUUUCACACAGCUGUGGCACAUGUGUUCUGAUGUUCAUCUUGAAAGAAGGACAGCUACAUAUGCUUACAGGUGUUUCAGCCACCUAGAAAAAAAAUGUUGACUUAAUAUUGGCAAAAUACAAACAAAAAAAAUUUAAACAAAUUCCAUGUUUUAAUAAGAUGGCGUAUGUUUACAAAUUUGUAUUGUCUGCCUGCACAAGUUUUGAAAAAAAAAGAAAUAAAAAAAAAACUAUAAAAAUA